GCGAUUUCCAGGGUUAGCAACAUGGCACUACAGGAGUAACUGUUAUUAGCUUCUUCCAAGUUUUAUGUCGCAAAACGACUUUACAUUGGAUGUGAUAUUUUAUAGUGUAGCGGGAGAGUAAAAUUCGACAUUUAAAAUGAACAUUCGCAAUGCUAGGCCAGAGGAUCUGAUGAACAUGCAGCACUGCAACUUGCUGUGUCUUCCAGAAAACUAUCAGAUGAAGUAUUACUUCUACCAUGGGCUGUCGUGGCCACAGCUUUCAUACAUUGCUGAGGAUGAGAAUGGAAAGAUAGUUGGAUAUGUUCUUGCCAAAAUGGAAGAAGAUCCUGAUGAUGUUCCCCAUGGACAUAUUACAUCGCUAGCAGUUAAGCGUUCCCACAGACGACUUGGUCUGGCUCAAAAAUUAAUGGACCAAGCAAGCCGAGCCAUGAUUGAGAACUUCAAUGCAAAAUAUGUCUCUCUACAUGUUAGGAAAAGCAAUCGGGCAGCCCUUCACUUGUACUCCAACACACUCAAAUUUCAGAUAAGUGAAGUAGAGCCCAAAUAUUAUGCAGAUGGAGAGGAUGCAUAUGCUAUGAAGAGGAACCUCACACAGAUGGCAGAUGAGCUGCAGAAACCAGGUGUGCGUUUGUGGGGCUCGGAGGCACCCUCAUCGCAGGUGGCCACAGUCACAGGGCUGGUGGAGAAGCUGACGGUGCAGGAUGGAGAAAAGGAGGGUGAUGGAGACAGCGGUGGGGAGAGUAAAGAGUUGAGCGAGGUCAGUGAGGCGACUGAGAGCACAGAUGUCAAAGACUCCUCCUCGGAUUCCUAAGAGUCAGCGCCACCUCAUCGGAAGAGCUCGGUCCUGCCUCAUCUCAAGUUGUGGUUUUUAAUUGGUUUAGUACAACUAUAUUUGUUUAAUUUUAUUAUCAACAUGGAAAAGACGGUCUGCCAGUAGUGCUCCUGACUAUGGGAAUAUUUGUAACAGAAAUGAUGUCAAUAAAAUUGGGCACUGAAUACACAA